UGUUGAUAAAAACGUAAACAAUGUCGCUUGUCGCUGAUUAUAGCGAUUCAUCUGAAUCUGACGCGGAAAGCAGCAGCAAUGAGUCCGAAAAAGAACAAACAAACAAUUCAGAAAGCCCGCCUCCUGCACAGAAACACCCAAAGUUGCCCAGUGCCAGCGCCGCGCUGGACAAUGCGGCAGCCAAACGGACUGGCGAUGUAUUCAGCAAUCCAUUUCUGGAGGCGGAGCUGCAUAAAACGGCUUCCUUGGAGCGGCACGUCAAAAUGGUGAACAACGAUGCACAUUUACAGCUCAAAAAUGGCCGCAAAAUAUGCUGGAAUUAUAGAAAAGGACGCUGCCGCUUUGGCACCGGCUGCCAGUAUGCGCACGACUCGGACUUAAGCGUGGAAGCCAUAGCUGGUAAUGAGACAAAAGUGGAGACAGUAGCGCCUACAUUUACACCGCAAUCAUCGAGUGGCAGCAAUAAACGCAAGCGGCCCGGUCUGAGCGACGGCAUAGAACCUGGCAAACGUGUGAUGAAAUCUUACCAGCAACAACACCUGGCCAGUGGAGCACGUCGUCCGCCCAACUAAGCUCAAAUGACGCCGG